AUGUCGAUACCCAUCUCAUCACUUCUCACAAAUGGCAUUCCCACAGUUCCGCGCGAUCGAUGGACCUAUCUUGACCGUCUUCUAUCAACCACCUCACCAUAUGCCGGAGAUGAAUUUGUACCUGGAGAAGAGACCAUCAAUACGCUGGAGUCGUCACGAGUCCUUGUGAUCGGCGCCGGCGGGCUCGGAUGUGAGAUUCUGAAGAACCUCGCAUUGUCCGGCUUCAAGGAUAUUCACGUUAUCGACAUGGACACCAUCGAUGUGUCCAAUUUGAAUCGUCAAUUCCUCUUCCGCCAGUCCGAUGUAGGAAAAUCUAAAGCUGAAGUCGCCGCGGCAUUCGUGGAGAAACGUGUUCCUGGUGUCAAGAUCACCCCCUACAACGGUAAGAUCCAGGACAAGGACGAAGAAUACUACAUGCAAUUCAAGCUAGUCAUUUGUGGACUCGACAGCAUCGAGGCCCGUCGCUGGAUAAACGCCACACUGGUCGACAUGGUCGACAUGGAAAACCCUGAAUCCCUUAAACCUCUGAUUGAUGGCGGCACUGAAGGGUUCAAAGGCCAAGCGCGAGUAAUCCUCCCGAGUCUCACAUCUUGCAUUGAGUGCCAGCUAUCCAUGCAUGCACCUCGUGCUGCUGUGCCCUUGUGCACGUUGGCCACCAUCCCGCGCCAACCUCAACAUUGUAUAGAGUGGGCGCACAUCAUAGCGUGGGAAGAACAACGCAAAGGCGAAACGCUCGACACCGACGAUCCGGAACACAUCUCCUGGUUAUACACCACCGCAUUGAAACGCGCGAAUGAGUUCAAUAUCUCAGGGGUAACGUACUCGAUGACCCAGGGUGUGGUCAAAAACAUCAUCCCGGCAAUCGCGUCCACAAAUGCGAUCAUCGCGGCGAGUUGUUGCAACGAGGCCUUGAAAAUUGCGACAGGGUGCGCGCCCUUUCUGGAAAAUUACAUGAUGUAUACGGGCGACUCCAACGAGGGUGGCCUUUACACAUACACCUUUGCGGCGGAGAAGAAGGAGGAUUGCCCAGUAUGCGGCAACCUGGCCCAAACGCUAAUCAUUGAUCCGGAGUGGACGCUGGAAGACUUCCUGGCAAGCCUGGCUGAGAGGGCUGAAGCCCAACUCAAGAAGCCGAGUAUAAGGACGGAGGCGAAGACGCUAUAUGUACAAGCUCCGAAGAGCUUGGAAGAGCAGACAAGACCCAACCUGGUGAAGAGAAUGAGGGAGUUGGUGAGUGACGGCGAGGAAGUAGGUGUCAGUGAUGCGGCAUUCAUGAUCAGUUUCAAAUUUCGGCUAGUGUACAAGAAGUGA